AAAAUAAAUAGAGCAAAGCCCCAGCCGCCGCACGGCCACGUUGCCGCUCGCCGUACACGAAGAGAGGAGCAGCAGGCAGUAAAGCGAGCAGCUUUGCCAGGAUGCGUGCGCGGGUGGUGUUGGCAUCGGCCGCAGCGGUGCUGCUGCUCCUGGUGGACGGCGGCGCCUGCGCCAUGUACAAGGUGGGCGACCUCGACGCCUGGGGCGUGCCGCCGCCCUCCAAGCCCGACGUCUACAAGCGCUGGGCCAAGUCCAUCCACUUCGCUCUCGGCGACUCCAUCUGGUUCCUCUACCCGCCCAGCCAGGACUCGGUGCUGCAGGUCACGCCGCAGGCCUUCGCCGCCUGCGACCUGUCGUCCCCCGUGCUCAAGCUCGCCGACGGCAACUCCGUCUUCAACCUCACCACGCCCGGCCGCGCCUACUUCACCAGCGGCACGCCGGGACACUGCCUCAAGGGCCAGAAGCUCUGGGUCGACGUGCCCAUGGCCAACGGCACCUACCUGCAGCCCUCCGCCAGCGACCUCGCCGCCCUCGCGCCCACGCCGGCGGCCGAGGCGCCCGAGGGGUCCCUGCCGGCCUCCGCCCCGGCAGGCGCGGCCCACCCCUCGCCCGCGCUCCGGGCCGUCGCCGGCGCUGGAUCCGUCGCCGCUGCGGCCGCUCUCUCCUUCGCUCUCCCUCUCCUCCUGUGAUAGUCACAGCUAGUUAGCUACCUCAAGUCCUGCUUUUGCGUUAUGAGAUCUUCUCCAUUGGGACUUGGUAGUGAGUUGAGUUCUUGGGUUGAUUGGGGGCAUUCGGAUGAUCAGAGCUUGGAUCUCCAAUUUUUUUAUUAGUUUCUAUCUAGAUCUCUCUCUGACUCUCUCCAUUUACAUUGUGCAAUGCAAUGACAACAUGGAUCGUUUUGCAUC